AUGACGCCUACGCAGAGCAGCGUGCAAGUGCUGCUUGACAUGAGGGCCGGGGCGCACCUGGAGACCACUCGCGUGCAGUUCUCGCGUGCACGCCCCGCGGUGCCGGCCAGAGUUCGGCAGAGGGGCAGGAUCUCGGAGAUCCCCGAGCUGCUCCUGCAAUUCGCAGCAUUGUCCUCGCCCCUCGCGCUCCCGGUGGCCUGGGCGCCCUCGCUGGCCGCCCCCUGCGCGGAAGAGGAGCGCGCGGAGAGCUGGGUGAACUCUGGGCUCGCGACCGCACGGGCCCAGCGCCUCGCACUGCCCCGACCAUGCAGUGAGCAGCAGGUCGGCGUGGCCGGCAGCGUCGACGGCGGCGGCGGCCGCGGCGACGGCGGCGCUGGCGGCCUCGGCGGCGGCGGCGUCGGCGGCGGCGGCGAGGGUGGAGCUCGCCUCCACUCCGCCGCUCCGACCUCGCGGCCGGGGCCGAGGGCGCUGGCGCGCGAGCUGGCCGGCGGCUUGGCCCGCCAGCUGGGCUACAGCACCUGCGAGGCGAUCCGGUUCCUCCUGCUCGGGGCCUUGCUGGUGCAGUACCGCGGGGCCGCCGCCGCUGGGCGGGCGGCUCCCCAGGGCAGCGAGGAGGACGGCAAUGACGCGUCCACAGUCUUGCUCGAGAGGAACACAUCGGCCGGCAUUGGCGCCUACGCCAAGGGGAUGAUGCUUCGCACGAACUCCAUGGCUCCUUUCUUCGCGUCGGUGAUGCUGUGCGCGUUUCUGAUCCACAAGGUGGCGGUGCUGAUCAGCUCCCUGCCUCUCCAGCGUGCACCACCGCUCGGGCGGCUCG